UCGACAUCCAUUUUAAACAAUCUUCUUUUCUUGUUUGCCCUUCAUUCAACAGAAAUCCUUUUCAAAGUCGAUUUCUUUUUUAAUCCGCAAAGAUGUAAGUUCAUAUACUUGAAUGUACAAUUCAUCAUUUUAUCAAUUCAAAACCAACUAACAAUUGCAAAAGGCAUUUCGUCCGUCGUGCAGCCCUCCGAGCUGCUUCCUCUGCCUCUUUCGUUUCUAAACCUCGCACUAUCAACACUCCAUCCCCAUUCCUUCUCAGAGCAUCAAAUGAAAGAAUAUCAUCAGCAGUAUUCAGAAGAUUUGCAAGCGAUGAUGCACAUUUCAGAGAAGAAGAGAGUGUAGAUGCACAAGAGGAAGGAACUGUUCAAUCAGCUAUCAAUUCCGCUACAGAGACCGUCUCAGAGUAUGCUGCUGAGGCUAAGAAUACCGUCGCUCAGGCAACCGGAUUUGCAUCCGACAAUCUUGGCUUUGGAAGCAGAGACGGAGGUUUUGAACGUCCUCAGAUUGCGCCUAACAAUGGCAUUUACAUUGGCAACUUGUUGUUUGAUAUUACCGAGGAAGAUCUCAAGAAAGAAUUCGAGCAUUUCGGAACCAUCACCGACGUCAGAGUCACCAGAGAUGCUAGAGGAUUGAGCAAAGGGUAAGCCACAAUAUAUUGCCACACUCAUAGAUUAGAUCUAACCAUCUCUUCAGUUUUGCCUACAUUGAUUUCGCGGAUGUGCAGUCCGCCACUGCUGCCAUUGAAGAAAAGAACCAAACCAUCUUUGAAGGUCGCCGACUUAUUGUCAACUACGUCAACCAGACACCAAAGAUUAGAGACCAGAACCCACCUUCCAAGUGCCUUUUCAUUGGCAAUCUCGCCUUCGAGAUGUCUGAUGCUGAUUUGAACAGCUUGUUCCGUGAGGUCAGAAACGUCAUUGACGUCCGUGUUGCUAUCGAUAGGCGCACUGGACAGCCAAGAGGUUUUGCUCACGCAGACUUUGUUGACGUUGAGAGCGCCAUGAAGGCUCUUGAACAACUGCAAGGCAAGGAGGUCUUUAACCGAAGACUGAGAGUAGAUUACAGUGUUGGCGAAAAAAAUGCUUUAAGCUCCCGCGGCGACCGUGGAUUCGGCAACCGAAGCAAUGACCGUGGUGACCGUGGAGGAUAUGGUGGCGACCGUGGUGAUCGUGGUGGCCGUGGAGGAUAUGGUGGUGACCGUGGUGGUGACCGUGGUGGUGACCGUGGUGGUGAUCGUGGUGGCCGAGGAGGUUUUGGCGGUAACCGUGGAGGAAAUGCAUCAUUUUAAUGAAAAGGCUCAAUCUUUGGGGGGUUAUAUCGACUAAAGGACGAUUCAAUUAACGAACGAUUGAAUGAAUACAUACUUUGUAUGAUGGAUUUGGGUAGGCGUUAUUCAUCUAUUAGAGGUGGAUGGGAAGCCUCAAAAGUUGCUGAAUGUCCUGUGCAGCUCUGCAUUUAUGGACGCUUCCUUUUCUUUCAUCUUGUAUUAAAAACCCCUCAGAAGCUUAGUCGGUUGUAAUAUAGAAGGGCUUUGAUCUGAUCAGCUAUUACAACUUGAAGAUUCAGAUUCACGGCAAGAAGAACACACAUAAACUCCUCUCACUGCAUGAUACAAGAGCGUAACCAUCUUUCUUUUCCAAAUUGUAUGUCACCUCAAUUGAUAGACCGCAAAAAUACGUUGAUGAAUUUCUUUCGAGCUUAUCAAGCAUU